AUGGGCCCCUGUACCGCCUCCUCACGCUGCUGCAAGGCCCCUAAUCUGCCAUGGGCCCCUGUACCGCCUCCUCACGCUGCUGCCAGGCCCCAAAUCUGCCAUGGGCCCCCGUACCGCCUCGUCACGCUGCUGCUGGGUCCACAGUGUGUCAUGUGUCCCUGUACCGCCCUCCCAUUGCUGCUGUCUCCAUCGCCAUACUCUGCCAUGUGCCACUUUCAGGUCUCCUCACACUCCUGCUGGUUUCCAUUUUGUCAUAGGUUGCUGGCAGAUUACAGGCCUCCCAUAGGUGCUGCCAGGCCCCAAAUCUGCCAUGGGCCCCCGUACCGCCUCGUCCACGCUGCUGCUGCAGGUCCACAGUGUGUCAUGGGUCCCUGUACCGCCUCCCAUUGCUGCUGUCUGAAUCGCCACACUCUGCCAUGUGCCACUUUCAGGUCUCCUCACACUCCUGCUGGUUUCCAUUUUGUCAUAGGGUGCUGUAUGGCCUCCCAUUGCUGCUGCCUCCACCGC